CGUCACUUCAGGGGCUGACAAUCACCAGUAUCUAUAUUCUGACGUAAACACUGACCGAAUCGACGACAGAAAAGAUGGCCAAGACUGCGCUGGUGAUAGGGGCCGGAGUGGCCGGAUUGUCGGCGGUCAAGCAUUGUCUGGACGUGGGGAUUGAGCCAAUAUGCUUCGAGAAGGAUACGGACAUAGGCGGUCUCUGGAAUUACCAUGACUGGUCCAAAGAUGGCGACCCAAGCUUGUACAACUCCUGCAGCAUAAACACCAGUAAGGAGAUGACGUGUUACAGUGACUUCCCGAUCCCAAAGGAGUUCCCAAACUUCAUGGGGCAUAAUCACUUUAGAAAAUACCUCAAUCUUUACGCAGACAAUUUCAACUUGAGAAAGUAUAUCAAUUUUAGCCAUCUCGUAGAAAGAGUAAAACAGGCUGACGAUUUCGACGACACCGGAAGUUGGGUGACGUCAGUAAAGAAUAUAAACACUGGCAAGUCGCAAAAAGUGAAAACUGACUUUGUACUCGUGUGUAACGGACAUCUCAACAUUCCAAACGUGCCGACAUUCGUAGGACUUGAAAAGUUUAAGGGCAAGGUCAUACACACACACGACUACAAGGACUUCCGGGGAUUCGAAGGAAAGAGAAUCCUAGUGGUGGGGAUAGGAAACUCUGGGUCAGACGUCGCCUGCGAGCUGAGUCGUCAUACCGAACAUGUAUACAUAGCCAGCCGACGAGGGACCUACGUGAUCUCGAGAGCCGCAGACUACGGUAUUCCCUUCGACCAUCUCGCCAUCAACCGAUUUUCCCAGAGCCUACCUUGGAGUCUCAUGCGACCCGUUUUCUUUCAUCGUCUCAAUCGUCGCUAUAAACACUCCAAUUAUGGUCUCUCGCCAAACUACUGCUUUGACGCAGGCGUCGUAACCAUUAGCGACGACCUCCCAAACAGGAUUCUAUCGGGCACCAUCAACGUUAAGUGUAACGUUAAAGAGUUCACAACUGAUGGCGCCACUUUCGAUGACGGUUCAGUCCUCAAGGACAUUGAUGUCGUCAUACUUGCUACAGGGUUUAAUUUUGACUUUCCAUUUCUUGAUGAUAGCAUAAUUCAAGUUGACGGACAUUACCCGUACUUAUAUGAGCUGAUGUUUCCGACAGAUAUGAACCCGUGCACCCUCGGUGUCGUAGGACUAGUCCAACCAUUUGGCUCACUUCCGCCAAUCCUGGAAAUGCAAGCCCGAUACAUCACCGGAGUGUUUGCAGGAAGGAAUCAGCUACCUAGUGCUUCCAAGCGUCGUGAGCACGUAGAAAAACGCAAAACUUUUAUCAAAGCGAAGUAUGUCGACUCCCCCAGAUAUAGUCUGCAGGUGUACUUCAUCCAAUACCUCGACAGACUGGGGUCUAUGAUCGGCUGUAAACCAAACCUCUGGAAACAUUUCUUCUCCGAUCCAAAGCUGUGGUACAAACUUUACUUCGGUCCGGCCACCCCUGUACAAUGGCGUCUGGACGGCCCUGACUCGUGGAAGGGUGCGAAGACGGCCAUUGAGAAAGUGGAGGAACAUACCUACUUUCCUAUGAAGUCACGACAGUCGGGAGACGGAGAAAAGGAUGGUCUAUACGACGGCUGGAUUCUUCUCUUCAAGAAAAUAUGUUUCGUUGUCCUUCUGUUUUUCCUCGCUAGAUACGUCAUUGCCAAUGGUUACGUUACAGGUCUCAUAAAAUUUGCAUAACUGUUGAACUGAACUGACGCUGGGAUGAUUUAUAUCAUACCUAUCUUUUCGUUACGUCACUGAUCUUGACUCCAACUAUCACUCUAAAUGCAUUUUUUGCCACGUCACAAGUCUUGUGAAAUGUGUGCGUAUCUCUUGAGAAAUUUUUCAUUGUAUUUUGAUAUUGUUUUACGUACAAUAAUGAAUGUAGUUUGAUAAAUGGUACUAAACGAUUUAAGAGAUUAUAAUAUAAUAAUUGAAUGAUUGAAAUCUACUGAAGACCUCUAUUAUUGUACAGUCUGGAUAUUAUAUAUCACUAAGACAUAUAUAUGUAGUAACUUUGUAAUAAUGUAGACUUAUAUAGAAGUGUUGUUUGUGUGAGGGUGUUUGUGACAUGUAGGCAUGUGGGUAUGCAAGUAUGUAUAAGCUUGAUUAGAUGUUUACAUAUCUAAUUUUUAUACAUUACCCGAAGUAAUCAUUCUACUCUGUGAAUAUUGUGUAAUACUACCAUCAAUGCUUUUAAUGUUAAAAUCUAUUUCUCUUUAUAUAUAUACAUUACUGUCUAUGAUAUCUUUUAUUUACUUUAUUCAC